GGUCACUCCAACGGUCACUCCAACGGACAUGCAGCUCCAGCAGUUCCUGAGGUGUCGGCACCAGCAAAUGGAAGCGCUCAUGUUGAGCCAGAAAUCACAAGAGUUCGGGGUCCUUUGGGACUUGGAUCUGCAAGCCUUGCCGGGAAGGUCGCCCUCGUGACUGGUUCAGGUAUGUGAUCUUUUUUCCCUCGCUUGAAACAUGUCGGAUUCUAAAUUCAUGGACAGGACGAGGGAUUGGACGAGAGAUGGCUCUCGAGUUGGGAAGAAGAGGAGCCAACGUUGUUGUCAACUACGCCAACAGCGCCGAGGCGGCCGAAGAAGUUGUUGCUCAGAUCAAGAACUCGGGCAGCGAUGCAAUCGCCGUCAUGGCCAAUACGUCCAAUGUUAAGGAUAUUAUCUCUCUGUUUGCCCAAGCCGUUGCUUAUUUCGGACAUCUUGACAUCGUCUGCUCUAACUCCGGUGUUGUCUCAUUCGGCCACAUCAAAGACGUCACAGAGGAGGAGUAUGACCGAGUCAUGAGCAUCAACACCCGUGGACAAUUCUUUGUUGCCAGAGAAGCGUACAAGCACCUGUCUGUUGGCGGCAGUCUCAUCAUGAUGGGAAGCAUUACCGGGCAAGCGAAGGGCGUGCCAAAGCACACAUUGUACUCCGGUAGCAAAGGUGCCAUCGAGACCUUCGUUCGUUGCAUGGCCAUUGACAUGGGCGAUAAGCAGAUCACUGUGAACUGCAUUGCUCCAGGUGGAAUCAGGACAGAUAUGUACCACAAGGUCUGCAGAGAGUACAUUCCUAACGGUUCUAACUUGAACGACGCGGAGGUUGACGAGUAUGCUGCAACAUGGAGUCCUUUGCACCGUGUUGGUCUACCAAUUGAUAUUGCGCGGGUUGUCUGUUUCCUUGCAAGUCAGGAUGGUGAAUGGAUCAACGGAAAGGUUCUCGGGAUUGAUGGCGCAGCUUGCAUGUAGGGAGGGAGUUAAAUAUACCAUAAUAAUGCAUAGAAUUCCUUGAUAGUACUGCCUUGUAGCAUAGUAUCCGAAGUCUUUUAAUCCACGCGAACAUUUUCGUCCUGUGAUCUAUAGAAAACACGAAGAUACAACGGUGGGUCUGUAUAUAUCGCACACCUCGAGACUUCUAAGUAAGCGGCGACAGAAUCUAUUGAAAGGACUGAGCAGCAGUCCGUUGAAAUCACGUAUCAAAGCAGAUGACGUUGA